CGUGCCGUUACAGUUACGAGUCUAUAUGAGGUCCAGAAGUUAGGUGGCGUUGACCAUUCAUCCGUAGAAAUCAGGAACGAUGAUACCACGAAUUUUGUUCGCGUUUCUACUCCUUGAUUUGACGACAGCAUUUACAUUGACGUUACCGGAGAUAACGUCAUACGCGAAAGUAUCGAAGAAUGGUCAAGAAACGAAGAAUACCGGAAGCGGACCAUUUUCAUGGAUCACAAGGGCAUUAACGCGAGCCAAUGUCUCCAGCAACGUGGAAAACGAGAGUAGAAGUGUUAAGGACAUCGUUAUCACUGUGUCACCGAUUUACGUGCCACCUAAAACUCCAAAAUUGAAAACCGGAGAAGUUGUCGAUUAUCCUUCGACAAAACGGUACUCGACUAUAGACGAGGAUUUAUUGGCGAAGUUAGACUCGACGAAAUCAAAAAUCAAGAUACAAGAAAGAUUUCGUCCGCCAGCUAUUUUCGAGCACAGCGUUAAACAACAAGUCCCAUCGAGUCCUUCGAUGUCUUCGUCGGCUGAUUCGAGUCCCGAUAAACCGCCGAGUUCGAGUAUAUCAGGAUAUUCGAGGCCUGUAUACGCUGGGCCUUAUAAUUUGAAAACGACCGAUUACGACAAACCCAAAGAUUAUAUUAUCGAUAAUCCGAUCUCGAAACCAAUUGGAAUGGAUAAUUAUCCGUCUAUCAUAGAGGACGAUAAACCGAUGGAUUCGUACAAGGAUCAAAUGGAUUCUUUCCCAAAUCAUCAGAAUGACCAAAUGGAUUUUCCAAGUUUCUCAUCCGGAACUUCGUACGACGAUCACGCAGCACCAAAACCGAUCGAAUUUGAUAGACCAACGUUCGACGACGACGACAACGACGACGACGACGAUAAUUACCCUCCUGAUCACGAUCAUUAUCACGAAGUGAUCUACGAUCAUUUGCCAGAAUUUCAUCAUCAUCAUCAUCAUCACCGUUCCACUACGCCUGAACCUGAAAUGAACGAUCAGCGGCUCGAUAAAAGACCCUAUUCGUAUUAUUUCAUUGGGAAAAAGCUUUGGUACAUUCCGCUCUACUUCAGUAUUUAUUUUAUCGUUUAUAUAGCGGCAUUAGUAUUGAAGAGUAUUGCCAGGCAUAAGAUCACUUUUCCCGCUCAUCUAGCUGAGGCUACUGAACACGGUAGAAUGAACAACAAUGACGUUGGUUGGUGGGAUCUCACCAAUCGUGUCUUCACUGGAAUCGAACGUUUCGCGGAAAGAUUUGGAAAGGGAUCUUAACUUUCUAUUUCAUGUUACUAUAUAUCCCUUCGAAAUUUUGAAAAGUCUCAAGUGAUUAAGAACGAAGAGAAUUUUGGAUUUUCGAUCGUUUCGUCGGGGACAGACUCUUUUUGAGUAUCCAAGUGUAAU